AUGGGCAACUGCCUCAUCCCUCACACCUCCGAAGACCUCUUGGUUCCUGAGUCUGCCACGCGCUUCGGUGGGAGGAGACGCCGGGCUCGCUCCCGGGAGAGGAGACCUCGCGAUCAAGUGCCCGGCUGGGCACCAGCAGCACCACUGGUCCAAGAGGAACAAGUGAGGGUGCCCCAAAGGAUCAGCCAAAUACAGUGCCUGCCCAAAGGAGUGUACGAAAGAGAUGGCUCCCAGGAAAAGAUGGAGCAGGAGGAGUGUGCCAUCUGUACGUUGGACUUUGUGUGUGGGGACCCCAUCCGAUCCCUGCCCUGCAAGCACUUCUAUCACCUGGGCUGCAUCGAUGGGUGGCUGACCAGGUCCUUCACGUGUCCCUACUGCCGAGGGCCGGCAGAUGGCCCACAACCUUCAUCCCGGGACACUCCUUGA